AGAGGUUUGUACGUACUUCACGACUGAGACUAAUCAUCGCCCUCAAGACUCAUCGCACUCAAGUCAUCCUCAAGACUCCCGGAGCAGAUUUGUUCACACUCACACCAUCACAUUUUAUAUAAAAUAUAUUAGGUUAUCUUAGAUAAUUUAAGUUAAGUAGUUAAGGUAGGUUAGGGUUUAGGUCACUUAAACUUUGCAAGAAGUUUUUUCUUUUUUUUUUUUCUUUUUUUUUUUUUGUCUUCUGUCCAGCAGGAUGCCAAGGAAGGGGAGGAGGUCUGAGGCGGCCAGGCGCCGAUGGAGUAAGCUCGACCUGGAGGAGCUGACUCCCUCCACUUUCCCCCUGAAGACGGUGUCCCCCCCGGCCGGAGAGGAGCCUUCCACAGGGUCGAGGACCAGGGAGACCCACCCCCCCUGCUCCCGAGCUCCAGUCAGCAACUUGGUUGGAUCUUCACCCCCAGCCAAGCCUUUCUGGAGCACGGGAGAUGUCCUUCCCAAAGUUCGGCCAUGCCGCGGUACCGGGUUCCGCCAUCGGGUGCUGAGGUGGCCAACUUCAAAGCUCACAGGACGGAGCCACAAGUUGGUCAUCCCGCCGGAGUCUCCUGACAAGAAGUUCGUUCUGAUUGUCGGGGACUCCCACCUGCGGUCCAUCGCGGACGGUUUCGCCGUGAUGCCAGAGGGUAAGUUCUCGUUUGGCGUCAUGUCGACCCCUGGGGCCCACGCUGCUCAGCUGCGGACGGAGGUCCUGCAUGCUGAUCUUCCUCGGGCCCCUGCUGCGGUCUGUGUUCUUGCCCCCAGCAACAACCUGACUGCAAGCAGGACCAUCGAGGAGGCAGCCGUCGACUAUGCAAGUUUCCUCACUGCUGUGAGGAGCCGCUGGCCGGAGGUUUUUGUGCUGGACUUCCCCCCCCGCCUGCAGGAGGAUGAGAUGUACCAGGUCCUCCUGCGCCAAGAGUACCACCGCGUGACAGCUCGUAUGGGUGUGAGGUACUUCUCUGUGGCGGAGCACUUCCCCCUUACGCGCUUGGAGCUGUGGAGCAGAGACGGCGUUCACCUGAGUGACCGUGAAGGGAUGGGCAUCCUCACCCAGCUGCUGUGGGCCGCGACGGAGCAGUUCCUCAAGACACCACCACCACCUCCCCCGGUGUCUCCCACUCCUUCACAGCCACUUGGGAAGGUAUCUCCUAAGCUGGUUGUGAAGGGCGAGGUAUGUGCUCCUCUGUCUCCUGACCCCUUCCAGUGGAAGGUCGUUGGUCGGAGAAGCAAGUCGCAGGUUCCUGGUCAGGCCAGCGUGGCGCAGCAGCAGGAGGAGUCCUUCCUCCCACUGAACCCAGUGUGGUUCAGUAGCACGAUCCUUCGUGCUGUGGAGGAGGUGUCUCCUUCUCGGCUGUCUGGCGUGGAGGACUGCAGGUCUCCUCCAGCGAGCAAGAAGGUGGCCUCCCCAGCGGCAGCCAGGCGUCGUAGGACCUCAGAGAGACGCCCCCCCCACCACCAGUCUCCUGUGAACACCCUGGUUGGAUCCCCUCCAACCAGGCUGUCACAGAGACUGGAGGACGACGCCCCCUCCAGCCCGGUUCCUCGGUCCAGGACCACGGACGGACCAUCCCCCCGCACCCAAAUUUCAGUGACCAACCUGAUGGAGUCCCCUCCAGUCAGGUUGUCCUGCAGUUUGGGUGAUCCGGAGACCCCCUGCUGUUCCCCGGUUGCGAAGGUGCCCAGGAUGAAGACUCCUUCACCGGCUGGACCAUCCAAGACCAUUAAAGAUGUGGCCCAUCAGUCUCCUCGCCCAGCUAAGACAUGGACACCAUUUCCCUCAUUGACUUCCUGGCCCUGGAUAAUCGACGAUGGACUCUCCAGCUCCCCUGGUAAAGAGGUCAGGACAUUUACAUUCGGGUUUAUCGUGGGUUUAAUAAAGUGCUUGUGUGUGUGUGGUUUAUUUCAACUCAAAUGCAUAAAAAAACCUUUAAGGAAGAAAUAA